AUGAUACGAUUCAUAAUAGUAGCAGCUUUGCUCACCGUUUCAAUUCAAUCAGAAUCUGAAUGUGUGGAUAAGAGCACAUUCUGUAGAUUCAUCACUUCACUAUGUAACAGUACAGCUCAUCAGGAUAUGCUUAGACAGAGUUGUGCUAAGACAUGUGAUUUGUGUGAACUUCCAUCUUUGAAUAUCACUGAGAACCCUGACGACAUAAUUAUCCAAAUUGCUAAACGUGCUUUGAAAGAUAAACUCAAUUGUACUCAGAACGGUGAUGUUAGAAAGUGCGUGUUCAAUAGAAAGAAUACAACAGCAACAACUAGAAGUUCGAGUACCGAGGGAACCCCUGCGCCAAGCAGGGCCAGAGUGGUAGUCAGUCCUCCUGCUAACGCUGCCUUGAAGAAGUUCGUUGCUGACAAGAAAGAAACCAAAGUUGAAAUUGAAAUUGAGAACAAAACUCAGAUUAUUAUCGAGAAUGAUCAAACUAAGAUCGCAGUUGUUCUACCAACUGAUGCUGAAUUGAAGAACACAACACACGAAUAUAGAAAAUUCAGAUUACAAGAGCUUAUGAGCACAGCUGACUUGAGAUUACCCCGUAUAACGAAUGUACGCCCAGACUCCAUGUCAGUUUCAUUGUCGAAGACACUCAUUAAAGGAACUUGUUUUGAUGAAUAUGUAUACUGUCGAGAAUUCGAAGCUUUAUGCAUUCAUCCGCAGUUCAGUGAUAUCAUGGCAGCCCAUUGUACGAUGACAUGCGGCAGAUGUGAAGACGUUGACCAAAGCUAUGACAGUUUAGAGACAGAAAAUUGUGAAGAUUUGACACCAGAUUGUGAGACAUAUAAGGAUGUUUGUCAACAAGAUCUGUAUGUGUCAUUAACAAAGGAAUAUUGCCGAAAGACUUGUGGCUUCUGCAAGCCCAAAUGUAGAGAUCGUCAUAAGAGUUGCAAACAAUAUUCAGAUGAUGGAUUCUGUACGGAUGUGACGUAUACGACAGACGAGAUAAGAUUCUUAUGUGGUCAAACAUGCAAGUUGUGCUAA